CCGGAUGCUGGAGAGAUGUUGAAGUUCAAGUAUGGAGUGCGGAAUGCACCGGAUGCCAGCGCCUCUGAGCCCAUUGCCAGUCGGGCCUCCAGGCUAAAUGUCUUCUUCCAGGGGAAGCCACCCCUCGUGACUCAGCAGCAGUCUGCCCUUUCCCGGGAAGGGGUCCUGGACGCCUUCUUUGUCCUUUUUGAAGAGUGCAGCCAGCCUGCCCUGAUGAAGAUGAAACACGUGAGCAGCUUUGUCCGGAAGUAUUCCGACACGGUAGCCGAGUUGCGGGAGCUGCAGCCUUCGGUGAGAGACUUUGAAGUCCGAAGUCUCGUGGGUUGUGGUCAUUUUGCUCAAGUGCAGGUGGUGAGAGAGAAGGCCACCGGGGAUGUCUAUGCCAUGAAAAUCAUGAAGAAGAAGGCUGUGCUGGCCCAGGAGCAGGUUUCAUUUUUCGAGGAGGAGCGGAACAUAUUAUCUCAGAGCACGAGCCCUUGGAUCCCCCAAUUACAGUAUGCCUUUCAGGACAAAAAUAACCUUUACCUGGUCAUGGAAUAUCAGCCUGGAGGGGAUUUACUGUCACUUCUGAAUCGAUACGAGGACCAGUUAGACGAAAAUAUGAUUCAGUUUUACCUUGCUGAGCUGAUCUUGGCUGUUCACAGCGUGCAUCAGAUGGGUUAUGUGCACCGAGACAUCAAACCCGAGAACAUCCUCAUUGACCGAACAGGACACAUCAAGCUGGUGGAUUUUGGGUCAGCUGCUAAAAUGAAUUCAAAUAAGGUGGAUGCCAAGCUCCCCAUUGGGACCCCAGACUACAUGGCUCCCGAGAUGCUGACCAUGCUGAACGAGGAACGAAGAGGCACCUGUGGCCUGGAGUGUGACUGGUGGUCAGUGGGAGUGGUGGCCUAUGAGAUGGUUUACGGGAAAACCCCAUUCACCGAGGGGACCUCCGCCCGCACCUUCAACAACAUCAUGAACUUCCAGCGUUUUUUGAAGUUUCCGGAUGAGCCCAAAGUUAGCAGUGAGUUCCUAGACCUGAUUCAGAGUUUGCUGUGUGUCCAGAAAGAGAGACUGACGUUUGAGGGUCUCUGCUGUCACCCCUUCUUUGCCAGAACCGACUGGAAUAACAUUCGGAACUCUCCUCCCCCCUUCGUUCCCACCCUCAAGUCUGACGAUGACACCUCCAAUUUUGAUGAACCAGAGAAGAAUUCGUGGGCUUCAUCCUCUGCGUGCGAGCUGAGCCCCUCGGGUUUCUCGGGCGAAGAGCUGCCGUUUGUGGGCUUUUCAUACAGCAAGGCACUAGGGCUUCUUGGUAGAUCUGAGUCUGUUGUGUCGGGUCUGGACUCCCCUGCCAAGACUAGCUCCAUGGAAAAGAAACUUCUCAUCAAAAGCAAAGAGCUGCAAGACUCUCAGGACAAGUGUCACAAGAUGGAGCAGGAAAUGACCCGCUUACAUCGGAGAGUAUCAGAGGUGGAGGCUGUACUUAGUCAGAAGGAGGUGGAGCUGAAGGCCUCUGAGACUCAGAGAUCCCUCCUGGAGCAGGACCUUGCCACCUACAUCACAGAGUGCAGUAGUUUGAAGCGAAGUCUGGAACAAGCGCGGAUGGAGGUGUCCCAGGAGGACGACAAAGCGCUCCAGCUUCUCCACGACAUCAGAGAGCAGAGCCGGAAGCUCCAAGAGAUCAAGGAGCAGGAGUACCAGGCUCAGGUGGAAGAAAUGAGGCUAAUGAUGAGUCAGUUGGAAGAGGACCUUGUGUCUGCCCGGAGACGCAGCGAUCUGUACGAAUCUGAGCUGAGAGAGUCUCGGCUUGCCGCUGAGGAAUUCAAGCGGAAGGCAACCGAAUGUCAGCACAAACUGAUGAAGGCUAAGGACCAGGGGAAGCCUGAAGUGGGAGAAUAUUCCAAACUUGAGAAGAUCAAUGCCGAGCAGCAGCUCAAGAUCCAAGAGCUCCAGGAGAAGCUGGAAAAGGCUGUGAAAGCCAGCACGGAGGCCACUGAGCUCCUGCAGAACAUCCGCCAGGCAAAGGAGCGAGCCGAGAGAGAGCUGGAGAAGUUGCACAGUCGAGAAGAUUCCUCCGAGGGCAUCAAAAAGAAGUUGGCCGAAGCCGAGGAACGCCGCCAUUCUCUGGAGAACAAGGUAAAGAGGCUAGAGACCAUGGAGCGUAGAGAAAACAGACUGAAGGAUGACAUCCAGACAAAGUCCCAACAGAUCCAGCAGAUGGCUGAUAAAAUUCUGGAACUGGAGGAGAAACACCGGGAGGCUCAGGUCUCGGCGCAGCACCUGGAAGUACACUUGAAACAGAAAGAAGAGCACUACGAGGAGAAGAUUAAAGUGCUGGACAAUCAGAUAAAGAAAGACCUGGCCGACAAGGAGAGCCUGGAGAACAUGAUGCAGAGGCAGGAAGAGGAGGCCCACGAGAAGGGCAAAAUCCUCAGCGAGCAGAAGGCGAUGAUCAACGCCAUGGAUUCCAAGAUCAGAUCCCUGGAGCAGAGGAUUGUGGAACUGUCCGAGGCCAACAAGCUUGCGGCAAACAGCAGCCUCUUCACCCAGAGGAACAUGAAGGCCCAGGAAGAGAUGAUUUCAGAACUGAGGCAGCAGAAAUUUUACCUGGAGACGCAGGCGGGCAAACUAGAGGCCCAGAACCGAAAGCUGGAAGAGCAGCUGGAGAAGAUCAGCCAUCAAGACCACAGCGACAAGAACCGUCUGCUGGAGCUGGAGACGAGGCUGAGGGAGGUCAGCCUGGAGCACGAGGAGCAGAAGCUGGAGCUGAAGCGCCAGCUCACAGAGCUACAGCUGUCCCUGCAGGAGCGCGAGUCCCAGCUGACAGCCCUGCAGGCAGCCCGGGCGGCCCUGGAGAGCCAGCUUCGCCAGGCAAAGACGGAGCUGGAGGAGACGACCGCGGAAGCGGAGGAGGAGAUCCAGGCACUCACGGCCCACAGAGAUGAAAUCCAGCGCAAGUUUGAUGCUCUGCGAAACAGCUGCACCGUCAUCACUGACCUGGAGGAGCAGCUGAACCAGCUAACCGAGGACAACGCUGAACUCAACAACCAAAACUUCUAUCUGUCCAAACAACUUGACGAGGCUUCCGGUGCCAACGACGAGAUUGUGCAGCUGCGAAGCGAGGUAGACCAUCUCCGCCGUGAGAUCACGGAGAGGGAGAUGCAGCUCACCAGCCAGAAGCAAACAAUGGAGGCCCUGAAGACCACGUGCACCAUGCUGGAGGAGCAGGUCAUGGACCUGGAGGCCCUCAACGAUGAGCUGCUGGAAAAAGAGCGGCAAUGGGAGGCCUGGAGGAGCGUCCUCGGGGACGAGAAGUCCCAGUUUGAGUGUCGCGUUCGAGAGCUGCAGAGGAUGCUGGACACCGAGAAGCAAAGCAGGGCGAGAGCCGACCAGCGGAUCACCGAGUCUCGCCAGGUGGUGGAGCUGGCUGUGAAGGAACACAAGGCUGAGAUUCUUGCCCUGCAGCAGGCUCUCAAAGAACAGAAGCUGAAGGCCGAGAGCCUGUCCGAUAAGCUCAGCGACCUGGAGAAGAAGCAUGCCAUGCUGGAGAUGAACGCCCGGAGCUUACAGCAGAAACUGGAGACAGAGCGGGAACUCAAACAGAGGCUUCUGGAAGAGCAAGCCAAGCUACAGCAGCAGAUGGACCUGCAGAAGAGCCACAUCUUCCGCCUGACGCAAGGGCUGCAGGAGGCGCUGGACCGGGCAGAUCUGUUGAAGACAGAAAGGAGCGACCUGGAGUAUCAGCUGGAAAACAUUCAGGUUCUCUAUUCCCAUGAAAAGGUGAAAAUGGAAGGCACUAUUUCUCAACAAACCAAACUCAUUGAUUUUUUGCAAGCCAAAAUGGACCAGCCGGCUAAAAAGAAAAAGGGUUUAUUUAGUCGACGGAAAGAGGACCCUGCUUUACCCACACAGGUUCCUCUACAGUACAAUGAACUGAAGCUGGCCCUGGAGAAGGAGAAAGCGCGGUGUGCAGAGCUAGAGGAAGCCCUUCAGAAGACCCGAAUCGAGCUCCGGUCAGCCCGGGAGGAAGCCGCCCACCGCAAAGCCACGGACCACCCACACCCGUCUACUCCAGCCACUGCGAGGCAGCAGAUUGCCAUGUCCGCCAUCGUGCGGUCACCCGAGCACCAACCCAGUGCCAUGAGCCUGCUCGCCCCGCCGUCCAGCCGCAGAAAGGAACCGUCACCUCCAGAGGAAUUUAGUCGGCGUCUUAAGGAGCGAAUGCACCACAACAUCCCCCACCGAUUUAACGUGGGACUGAACAUGCGAGCCACCAAGUGCGCCGUGUGUCUGGACACCGUGCACUUUGGACGCCAGGCAUCCAAAUGUCUCGAAUGUCAGGUGAUGUGUCACCCCAAGUGCUCCACCUGCCUGCCAGCCACCUGCGGCCUGCCCGCUGAGUACGCCAUGCACUUCACCGAGGCCUUCUGCCGGGACAAAAUGAACUCCCCAGGUCUCCAGAGCAAGGAGCCCAGCAGCAGCUUGCAUCUGGAAGGGUGGAUGAAAGUGCCCAGGAAUAACAAACGAGGGCAGCAAGGCUGGGACAGGAAGUACAUUGUCUUGGAGGGGUCAAAAGUCCUCAUCUAUGACAACGAGGCCAGAGAAGCUGGACAGAGGCCGGUGGAAGAAUUUGAGCUGUGCCUUCCCGACGGGGACGUAUCUAUCCAUGGUGCCAUUGGUGCUUCUGAACUUGCAAAUACAGCCAAAGCAGAUGUCCCAUACAUACUGAAGAUGGAGUCCCACCCACAUACCACCUGCUGGCCUGGGAGAACCCUGUACUUGCUAGCACCCAGCUUUCCCGACAAGCAGCGCUGGGUCACCGCCUUAGAAUCUGUCGUCGCAGGUGGGAGAGUUUCUAGGGAGAAGGCGGAAGCUGAUGCUAAGUUACUUGGAAACUCUCUGCUGAAACUGGAAGGGGACGACCGGCUUGACAUGAACUGUACCCUACCCUUCAGCGACCAGGUGGUGCUGGUGGGCACAGAGGAAGGGCUCUAUGCACUGAACGUCUUGAAAAACUCCUUAACCCACAUCCCAGGAAUUGGAGCGGUCUUCCAAAUUUACAUCAUCAAGGACCUGGAGAAGCUGCUCAUGAUAGCAGGGGAAGAGCGGGCCCUUUGUCUGGUGGAUGUGAAGAAGGUGAAACAGUCCCUGGCUCAGUCCCAUCUUCCCGCCCAGCCCGACGUCUCCCCCAGUGUCUUUGAAGCCGUCAAAGGCUGCCACUUGUUUGCUGCUGGCAAGAUCGAGAACAGCCUCUGCAUCUGUGCCGCCAUGCCGAGCAAAGUUGUCAUCCUCCGCUACAAUGACAACCUCAGCAAGUACUGCAUCCGGAAGGAGAUAGAGACCUCCGAACCCUGCAGCUGUAUCCACUUCACCAACUACAGCAUCCUCAUCGGAACCAACAAAUUCUAUGAGAUCGACAUGAAGCAGUGCACGCUGGAGGAGUUCCUGGACAAGAACGACCACUCUUUGGCCCCUGCAGUGUUCGCAUCCUCAUCCAACAGCUUCCCAGUCUCCAUCGUGCAGGCGAAUGGCGCCGGGCAGCGGGAGGAGUACCUGCUGUGCUUCCACGAAUUCGGGGUGUUCGUGGAUUCCUAUGGAAGACGCAGCCGCACAGACGACCUCAAAUGGAGUCGCUUACCUCUGGCCUUUGCCUACAGAGAGCCCUAUCUGUUUGUGACUCACUUCAACUCACUGGAAGUAAUUGAGAUCCAGGCACGCUCCUCGCUAGGGACCCCUGCCCGAGCAUAUCUGGAAAUCCCGAACCCUCGCUACCUGGGCCCCGCAAUUUCCUCGGGAGCGAUUUACUUGGCUUCCUCGUAUCAGGACAAGUUACGGGUCAUAUGCUGCAAAGGAAACCUUGUGAAGGAGUCUGGCACUGACCAGCACCGGGUGCCCUCCACCUCCCGCAGCAGCCCCAACAAGCGAGGCCCACCAACAUACAACGAGCACAUCACCAAACGUGUGGCCUCCAGCCCAGCGCCACCCGAAGGCCCCAGCCACCCCCGAGAGCCAAGCACACCCCACCGCUACCGAGACCGAGACCGAGAGGGCCGGGCAGAGCUGCGCAGGGACAAGUCCCCAGGUCGUCCCCUGGAGCGGGAGAAGUCCCCAGGCCGGAUGCUCAGCACAAGGAGAGAGCGGUCCCCAGGGAGACUGUUUGAAGACAGCAGCAGGGGCCGGCUGCCUGCGGGAGCCGUGAGGACCCCACUGUCCCAGGUUAACAAGGUCUGGGACCAGUCUUCAGUAUAGGUCUCAACAGGAAAAACCACCUCCUCAUCUCAGUCUGCAGGAAAACACAGCACCCCGGGUCUCCGCUGCAGGGGACCCCAGCGCCCGUCUGCUCAGCCGGCAUCUGGCACAGCUGGGUCCAGACUGUCCUUGGCACCGAUACCCCCAUCCCCGAGGGGUGCAGAUAGCCAAGCCUCUUAGGCGCUGCCAGCACU